CGCUUAGCGCGCGGCUUUUGUUCUCGCGAGGCGGGCGGCGCGCGGCGGAGCCGGUGCAGGGGGCGCCAUGCCGGCACGGAGCGCGGGCGGCAGCGGCGAGCCGCCGGGAGCCGAGAUGGGCGAGCAGGCGGUGAUCACGCCGGCCAUGCUGGCGGAGGAGGAGCAGCUGGAGGCGGCGGGGCUGGAGAAGGAGCGGCAGAUGCUGGAGAAGGCUCGCACUUCUUGGGACAGGGAGUCAAGUGAAAUGCGAUAUAAGAGGCUUCAGCAUUUGCUUGAAAAAAGCAACAUUUAUUCGAAGUUCUUGCUAACCAAAAUGGAACAGCAGCAACUGGAGGAACAGAGAAGGAAAGAGAAGUUAGAAAAAAAGAGAGAGAUGAUGUUAAAAUCUGCAAAGGGUCAAAGUCCAGCUGAUGGCAAAGAGGAGAAAUCAGCUGCAAAAAAGAAGAGAGGGAGAGAAGACGGAACGUACAACAUCUCAGAAAUUAUGUCUAAAGAGGAAAUCUUAUCAGUGGCAAAAAAAAGUAAAGUGGAAAAUCAGGAUGAAAGCUCUUCUGAUAACCUGUGUCCAGAAGACCUGCAGAAAAAUGGAGACUCAAAUAGUGUCAUUAAGGAUAGAUUGUGUCAAGCUGUACGACACAGUGCCAAGCAAUUCCUUGAUCCAGUACGGAAAUAUAAUGGACAACCAGUGCCUUUUCAACAGCCAAAGAUUUUUACUGGAGGUGUAAUGAGGUGGUACCAGGUGGAAGGCAUGGAGUGGCUAAGGAUGCUUUGGGAAAAUGGUAUCAAUGGCAUUUUAGCUGAUGAAAUGGGGUUGGGGAAGACAAUCCAGUGCAUCGCAACAAUAGCACUGAUGGUGGAGCGAGGAGUCCCUGGUCCCUUCUUAGUAUGUGGUCCUUUGUCUACUCUUCCAAAUUGGAUGUCUGAAUUCAAAAGAUUUACUCCAGAGAUUCCAAUAAUGCUGUAUCAUGGAGCUCAGCAGGAACGUCGUAAACUGGUUCGAAAAAUUCAUGGGCGACAAGGAUCACUGCAAAUCUAUCCGGUGGUCAUUACUUCCUUUGAAAUCGCAAUGCGAGACAGAAAUGCCCUGCAGAAUUGCUUUUGGAAAUACCUGAUAGUAGAUGAAGGUCACAGGAUUAAAAAUAUGAACUGCCGUCUUAUCAGAGAAUUGAAACGUUUUAAUGCAGACAAUAAACUGCUGUUGACUGGUACCCCCCUGCAAAACAACUUGGCAGAACUUUGGUCGUUGCUUAACUUCCUGUUGCCAGAUGUGUUUGAUGAUUUGAAAAGUUUUGAAUCAUGGUUUGACAUUACCAGCAUUACAGAAACUGCCGAAGACAUCAUUGCUAAAGAAAGGGAGCAAAACAUCUUGCAUAUGCUACAUCAGAUUCUGACACCCUUUUUACUGAGAAGACUGAAAUCUGACGUUGCUCUUGAGGUUCCUCCCAAACGAGAAGUUGUGGUAUAUGCGCCCCUGGCAAAGAAGCAAGAAACAUUCUAUACUGCCAUUGUAAAUCGUACCAUUAGGAAACUGCUUGGAAAUAACGAGGAAGAAGUAAUUGAGUUGAGUCCAACAGGCCGACCAAAACGCCGUAGUCGAAAACUGGUUGAUUAUUGUGAAGAACAUAAUGGUUCACCUGAUGACUUGGAAAAAUUGAUCAGCAGGAUGCAAGAGGAAGUGGAAAAAGAGAGGCCGGUGGUAGAAGUGAGCAUGCCCAUGGAUUCGGAGGUGAACCUUAAACUACAGAAUGUUAUGAUGUUACUGAGGAAAUGCUGUAAUCACCCCUAUCUUAUUGAAUACCCAUUGGACCCUGCUACGCAACAAUUCAAGGUUGAUGAAGAUUUAGUAAAGAAUUCAGGCAAGUUCCUUCUCUUGGACCGGAUGCUUCCAGAAUUGAAAAAGAGAGGACAUAAGGUCUUGUUGUUCUCACAAAUGACUAUGAUGCUUGACAUCUUGAUGGAUUACUGCUAUUUGAGAGACUUCAAAUUUAGUCGAUUGGAUGGGUCUAUGUCCUACUCAGACAGAGAAGAAAAUAUGCAUCAGUUUAAUAAUGACCCUGAAGUCUUCCUGUUCUUAGUGAGCACGAGAGCUGGAGGCUUGGGCAUUAACCUAACUGCGGCAGAUACAGUUAUCAUAUACGAUAGUGACUGGAACCCCCAGUCAGACUUGCAGGCCCAAGACAGGUGUCAUAGAAUUGGCCAGACAAAACCAGUGGUUGUCUAUCGUCUUGUGACAGCAAAUACAAUCGAUCAGAAGAUUGUGGAGAGAGCCGCUGCCAAGAGGAAGUUGGAGAAGCUGAUUAUCCACAAAAAUCAGUUUAAAGGUGGCAAAUCUGGCCUAGCACAAUCAAAGAGCUGUCUGGACCCUCAGGAAUUACUAGAAUUACUGAAAUCCAGAGACUAUGAGAGAGAGGUUAAAGGAUCUAAAGAAAAAGUAAUCAGUGAUAAAGACCUUGAGUUACUCUUGGAUAGAAGUGAUCUUAUUGAUCAAAUGAAAACUGACACAGUUAAGAAGAAAAAAACGGGUGUCUUCAAGGUCUUGGAGGAAUCAUCGGAUUCCAAUGCAGAAUGUGUCUUUUAACGUGCAAAUGGCCUGUUGUCUUACAUGACAAACAUGACUGACAUCAGCUCUUUCAGAGAUGUCAUUAUACAUACUGAUCCUUUAUGCUGACUCUUUAUGGCGUUUUUCAGAUCCCUCAGUUCUUUCAGUGAAUUUUGACGUGUUCUAAAGUGUGAUGUUUAUUAUAGUUUCAUGUUUGUAGCUUUGUUAGCCUCUGAUAAAGGAUUAAGAAAAUGAGCAUGUUUCAUAUUUUCAGCUAGCUUUUGUGAUCAGUGGUAAAAACUGGCAAACUUGUGUAAAAUCUUCCUGUGGAAGUCCUAAAACACUUUUUUUUUUUUUUAAUAUGGUGUUAUGAUCUUAUUUGGAAGGGAAAGAGCGUAUGCCUUUGUAACAGCUUCUGUUUUGUUUUUUUUAACUUCUGCAAAUUAUUUUGAUAAAUAAAUGUCUGGUUUGUCCGAA